AUGAAGCAUGUUCGUCAUCUAGUUGGUGAUUUUGGUGUUGAAAAAAAUACAUUGACAGAUUUUUUAAGACGUGAAAUAGAAUUAGAUUACACCCCUAACUUUUUAGACCUUAGUUGUGAUGAAGCAUAUAUAGCGGUUGCGGGAUUUUCAAAUUCAAAAACCUCAAUAACUAUUUACAAUGUUGAGGAUUUAAUUUCAAAAAAUUGCAUUUCUCCGUUAGUAUUUGUUGAGCUUACAGCUAUUCAGGAAUCACAUGUAAAAGACAUGUCAUGGAAUCCAGGUGUUCAAAAUUCUUUGGCAUGUUGUCUGUCUGAUGGAUCCUUGCAUAUUAUAGAGUUGAAAGAUGGUGGAAUGUACAAUGUUGUCAGUUUACCACCACAAUCGAGUACACUAUGUUUGAGUUGGAGCCCUAAAGGAAAACAAAUAAUAAUUGGCAGUUCUAAUGGAUCUUUAACACAGUAUAAACCUGAACUCAAAGCUAUGAAGCAGUAUUUACCACCAACCGAUGUAACGGGAAAUGUAAAACCUAUUAAAAUAAAGUGGAUAUCAAAUUUUCAAUUUGCUGUGUUUAUGAUUUUGUGGAUAACACAGAUAAUAUUAAAUCUUUACAUUCUCAACACACCAAAAAAUGCACCAGUGGAGUUUAUUAACUUUGAACAAUAUGUUGUGAUGAAUUCUGAACAGUAUAGAUUAAAUCAAUAUUAUACAAUAUUUCAACCAAAUUGGAAUCUUCUAUUUGUCGCUUCUUCAAAUUGUACAGAAAUUGGUGUUAUGGGAAUAAAUAAUGAAAACCAAUGGCAAUGUUGGGUGUUAGAAACAAGACCAGAGUUACCAUACAGACUUGAUAAACAAAUGUAUCCUUUAGGAAUGUCAUUAGAUCUUUCUUCUCAAAUGCAAAUAAAACAAUUAUCUAAAUCAAAUGAAGAGAUAUUUCUUGAACCAAUGCCAGUAUUAUGUGUAUUAUCAAGUGAUGGUAUAUUAUUUAUGUAUCAUAUUGAAAAUCAGUUAACUGACUACAAAAAUAUAUGUAAACCACCAACAGAAAUAUCAGAUGAUAUAGUCUCUCAGUUAUUUACUACUAUUUCUAAAAUAAAUAAUAUUGAAGAAAUUGAACAAAAUGUGUCUGAAAUAGUCGAAAUAAUAGAUGUUGUUGAUGAAAAAGCCAGAGGAGAUCAUAAUGAAUCUGUGCUUGCGAGCUAUUUAGAAACAUCAACUACUUCUCAAGUUGAACAACCACAAAUAUUGGAUACAUCAACAAUUUCAGUAGUCAAACCAAAUGUUCCCGAAGUGUAUACUGAAACUGUUACACCUGUACAAAAUACUUUAAAUGAAACAAACCCUGAUAAAAAUACAUCAACAGAUGAAACUGUAAGUCAAGUUAUGUUAAAAGAAGUGUUGGAAGAUGUACAAAUAUUCCAAUUACAAUUAGAAGAUAUCUUGAAAUUAUCACUAAAUACUAGUAAGCUUAAGAUCGGCAAUGAAAAAGAUAAAGAAAUACUUAUGAAAAAAUGGACAUCAUUGGACUCGUUUUUCAAAGAAUUGAACGAAACCAAUCGUUCACAGUGGGUGGAAAGUAAAGCUCUUCAAAAAGCUGUGUUAGAUUCUAUUGCUUGGGUCGAGGACUCAAAAUCUCGUAUAUUCUUUUUAAAAAAUCCAAAAUUUAAGUGUCUAUUGAGAAAUGAUAGCGAUGAACCAUUUAGUAAAACACUUUUUGACAAUAUAGAACGUACUUUAUACUACAUUGAAACUCAAUUAACACAUGUUGAUGAUCAAUUGAAAGCUAGAUAUGAUAGUUAUAAUCCAAAUAAUAAGGAGUUGAAAAUACCUUGUUUGGAAACUAUAUAUAAAUCAUUGGUUGUAAAUACAAAUAUAGUGAACAAACUAAAGGAAAAGAUUAAUUUUCUAUAUAAUACAGUAGAAGAAAUGAAAUAUAGAACAUUUAAAAAAUUGUCGUUAGCACCUGAUGUUGUGCAAAACACUUCUAAAUUAAAUGAGUCUCGUGAUGUUGGCUUAUCAAAACUUUCAGAACAGUUAUUAAAAAUUACUUUAGACAAAGACGGAGUGUCUGCUAUUAAUUCAUAUAAUGUUGCAAAAAAGUACUCUGUAUUAUCGGCAAAUCAAAGAGCACUUUCAGAUUCCAAAGUUAAUAAACUUCAAGAAUGGUUAAAAGAUUUUAAAACAAGGCGCACAAAAAUAACCAGAUCUCAAUAUGCAAAUAUAGAUCUCAGCAGACCUGUGUGUAGCACACCUUUAAAACCGGUAUCAAAACCAAAAAUGCCUGAAAAAAUAAUUGAUUACAUACCUUUUGUGACAAAAGAUAGUUUUAUGUCUACUUUACAACAACCGUCUACAUUAUUGAGCAAAAACUAUAAUGCUAAUCAACAGAAUAUCUCAGAUAAUAAUUUACAAUCAACAUCGCAGCUUGAUUUGACACAAUUCCAAAAGCCUUUAAUAAUACCAACCACACAACAAAAAAAUGGAGUAACCCCAAUAACUGUAGCUACUUUUACUCCAGGAUUUUCAUUGGGGUCUAAGCCUUUGCUUACAAAUACUGUAUGGAAUCCAAUGGAUAAUUCAUCAACUCCUAAGCCAGUUGCACCAAAUGAUUUCUCAAAUAAAUUUGAUUAUAAGGCUUUCACUAAAGACCCAAUUGUUUUUAGUUCUGUUAAUCCAUUGUUUGCUAAUAAUGCGACUACUGCAGUUUCUACUAGAGAUCCUGUAGAUUUUAGUUUAAAAUCAUUAACGGCUACACCUAUAAAUUUCAGUAGCUCUAGUAAUAUGAUGUCCAAUAAGUCUACUUUAGAUAUUAUUUCAGGAACAACAGAAGCAAAAGAAAAAAUGCCAUUUAAUUUUUCCCAAGUAUCUACAGCAAAAUCAGAAACAACUGUACAAAAAUCUACCGGUACAGUGAACUUUGAUUUUGCUGAUUCAAUUAAAAAUAAAAUGGAGAAACCAAAUGAUAUACCACUAAGUUUUGAAACACCAAAACCCUCAGAAUCUUCAAGUAUAUUUUCUGGAUUUGGUGCUGAAAAUAAAUCAAAGAAUAAACAAGAAACAGUUCCAGAAAAAGAUUCAACAUUAACUACAUUUAAGUUUAGUUCAAAAUCGACAAACCCAGAUACAGCAUCAUUUUCAACAUUCAGUUUUAACACAUCCAAAGAUAGUGUUUUAAAAAUUACAGAAUCAGAAACCAAAUCCUCUUUUACUUCCAUACCAACUACCACAGUGACAGCGUCGUUUAAUUUUUCACACCCACCAAAAGCAGUUCCUAUAGUUAGUGAGCCAUUAGAUUCCUCCGCAGUAUCGUCCAGCUUUGGAACUGUUAAAACUGCACUUGAUUUUAGUGCUAUAUCAACAACUGUAGAAAGCAGUGUUACUGAAACUACUUCCCAAGUCUCUGAAAGUCCGACUCCAAUUAUAUCUGAACCAAUUACUCCAGAAAAUGAAGAGUCUCCAAAAUUUCCGGUUACUGAGAGCAGUUCACAAAUUUUUGAAAUCCCAACAACAAAUAUUUCAAUGUUUGGUACGCCAAUUAACUCAACUAGUACUACAAGUAUUUUUGGAAAUUCAACUAUCACAACUAGCCAACCAUCAAUUUUCAGCACACCCACAAACAAAACUAGUGCCCCUUCAAUUUUCAGUACACCUACAAUUACAGAUAGUGCUCCUUCAAUUUUUAAUACGCCUACAAAUACAACUUGUGCCCCUUCAAUAUUCAGUACUCCUACGAGUACAACUAUUGCCUCCUCCAUUUUUGGUGCUACUACAAGUACAACCAAUGUUUCUUCAAUAUUUGGAUCACCAAGCAAUACAAGUACGGCACCUUCAAUUUUUGGUGCCUCGUCUACUACAACCUCAUCAUCAAUCUUUGGAAACCCAAUUAAAAGUACUCCGUCUAUAUUUGGUACACCAUCUGCAACUACCGUGUCUUCUAUGUUUGGAUCGGUUACAACAACAAAUACUACAAGUGGUUUUGGAUCUCCAGCUCAGACAACAGCGUUUGGUGCUCCUGCUACAACAAGUUCUUCAAUAUUUGGUAAUCCACCUGCUCCUGCUACAAAAAGUUCUACAAUAUUUGGUAAUCCCGCCAAUCCUGCUACAACAAGUUCUUCAAUAUUUGGUAAUCCACCUGCUCCUGCUACAACAAGUUCUACGAUAUUUGGUAAUCCCGCCAAUCCUGCUACAACAAGUUCUUCAAUAUUUGGUAAUCCAACUGCUCCUGCAUCAUCCGGUUCAAUAUUCGGUUCAGCAUCCACAAACACGUCAUCUGUUUUUGGAGCUCCAGUUACAACUAGUACAACGUCGUCUAUUUUUGGGUCUCCUUCAACAACAGCCGCAUCUAGUGGAUUAUUCGGAUCAGUAGCUGCUGCAGCUAACCAAUCAUCAUUUGGUCAACCUUCAUUAGGAUUUAGUUCUCCUGGAUCAGCAUUUGGCAAUAUGUCUCUUUUUGGCCAACCAGCAUGUAGUCCAUCUCAACCAGCAAAUAGCUUUGCCCCAGCUGCCAAUCCUUUUGCUGUUAAUAAAACUCCUUCAAGUACACCAUCAUUGUUUUCUAACCAAAAAUCAGUAUUUGGCCAACCAGCUGCAAGUACACCCAAUACAGGUUUCGGAGUACCAAAUUCUGGAUUUGGAGCUACUGCCAGUACUGGAUUUGGUAGUCCCGCUAUGGUUGGUCAAUCAAAUAAUUUAGGUUUUGGAUCUCCACCCAUGUUUGGUAGUAUGGGAACUACUUCAUCGGGUUUUAAUCAAACACCUGUGUUUGGAGGAGCUGCAACCUUUGGAUCAACAGCUCCAACAUUUGGACAAAACGCUGGGAAUUUUGGAUUUGGUUCAGCUGCUCAACAACCAUCGACUGCAUUUGCUUCUCUUGCGACUCAAAACACUUCCCCAAGCUUUGGUAAUAUAGCUCAAAAUCAAAACACUGGUUUUGCGUCUCCGACCACUCCAGGAUUUGGUCAACCACAACAAACAAGCCCAUUUAAACCCCAAGGAGCUACAUUUGGGGGAACUUCAUUUAGUUCUUGGCGCUAA